GGCGGCGCCAGCGGAGGCACAGGGGCUCCGACACGGCUUGGACGGCCUUGUUGAGCCCCCCCACCUGCUUCCAUAAGGCUUUGCCUUUCCAACUUCAGCUACAGUGUUAGCUAAGUUUGGAAAGAAGACCAAAAGAAGAAGAAGAAAAAGACCCUCGGGUCGUUUUUCUUUUAUUUGUUCUACUAGUCGUUGGGGUCUUUUUGCACAAGGCUGUUGUGUUUUUAGCGGUGCCCUCUUCAGUUCCUUGCACUCCUCUUCACAAGUACCUCAGCCAGAGCAGCAGCAGUAGCAGCAGAGCAAGCGGGGGGCGCCUGGUGUCAUGACCAAGGCAAGAGAGCAAAACCGCCAGGGAGGAGGAUGCUGUGGGUCCUUAGCAGACUGGCUGACCUCUGCAAAAUUCCUUCUCUACCUUGGUCAUUUUUUAUCUACUUGGGGAGAUCGGAUGUGGCACUUUGCAGUGUCUGUGUUUCUGGUUGAGCUCUAUGGAAACAGCCUUCUCUUGACUGCAGUCUAUGGGCUGGUGGUGGCAGGGUCUGUCCUGGUCCUAGGAGCCAUCAUUGGUGAUUGGGUGGAUAAGAAUGCCAGACUUAAAGUGGCCCAGACUUCGCUGGUGAUACAGAAUGUUUCGGUCAUCCUGUGUGGGAUCAUCCUGAUGAUGGUUUUCUUACAUAAAGAUGAGCUUCUGACCAUGUACCAUGGAUGGGCUCUUACCUUCUGCUAUAUCUUGAUCAUUACUAUUGCAAAUAUUGCAAAUUUGGCCAGUACUGCUACUGCAAUCACAAUCCAAAGGGACUGGAUUGUUGUUGUUGCAGGAGAAGACAGAAGCAAAUUAGCAGAUAUGAAUGCUACAAUACGAAGGAUUGACCAGUUGACCAAUAUCUUGGCCCCCAUGGCUGUCGGCCAGAUUAUGACAUUUGGCUCUGCAGUCAUUGGCUGUGGUUUCAUUUCGGGAUGGAAUUUGGUGUCUAUGUGUGUGGAGUACUUGCUGCUCUGGAAGGUGUAUCAGAAAACCCCUGCUCUAGCUGUGAAAGCUGCUCUUAAAGUAGAGGAAGCUGAGUUGAAACAGCUGAAUUUACACAAAGAAACUGAGCCAAAAUUCCUGGAGGGAACUCAUCUAAUGGGUGAGAAAGACCCUCACAUCCAUGAGCUUGAACAUGAGCAAGAGCCAAGCUGUGCCUCCCAGAUGGCUGAGCCCUUCCGCACCUUCCGAGAUGGAUGGGUCUCCUAUUAUAACCAGCCGGUGUUUCUGGCAGGCAUGGGUCUUGCUUUCCUCUAUAUGACUGUCCUGGGCUUUGAUUGCAUCACCACAGGGUACGCCUACACUCAGGGGCUGAGUGGGUCCAUCCUCAGUAUUUUGAUGGGAGCGUCAGCCAUAACUGGAAUAAUGGGAACUGUGGCUUUUACUUGGCUACGUCGAAAAUGUGGCCUGGUUCGGACUGGUUUGAUCUCAGGAUUCGCGCAGGUUUCUUGUCUGAUCUUGUGUGUGAUCUCCGUGUUCAUGCCUGGAAGCCCUUUGGACUUGUCUGUUUCUCCUUUUAAAGAUAUCCGUUCUAGGUUCAUUCAAGCAGAGCCACUGUCUACAAACAUACCUACAGAAAUACCUGAAAUCAUCUUUACAACUGAAUUUCACAUGUCUAAUGGGUCUGAUUCUACUAAUGUUGACCUGGACAUGAGUCUUAAAUCUGAGUCCAUAAUCUCUGUCAGUCUGCUGUUUGCAGGCGUCAUUGCUGCUAGAAUUGGUAAGACAUCUCCUUUUGUAUAUUAAUGAAUUAAAAUGUCUUUUUGUAAUGUGGGUUCAGAGAAUUCAAUAAUAAAUGAUCUGAAGCAUUCUUUGAAUGUUAAUUUAAGCAAAAUCCACUAUUGAUCCUUAUGUAUAGCCCAGUCUUUUAU